AUGGAGGAUGAGCGCGCUGCCCGUGAUGAGGCUCUGAGCAACCCCGAAGGCCCGCAGCGGCAGCGGGCGGCAGGAGUCGAGCCAGUCGAAGCUGAAAGUGAACCAUCCCGCGUCCAGGAUGGCUGGCGUUCGUCUGCUGAGCAGCACCACUUGCACCUGCAGGACGAGGAGGCGACGAGUCACGAGGGCACCGAGACCACCGCCGCCGCCAGCCCAGCGCUGUCAUCAGGCCAUGCGACCACUGCUGCCGCCGCUACCACUCCUGCUGCUGCUGCUCCGCUGCCGUUCGUAGCGCCGAGCGAUCUUCUCCGUCCGUCACGCGCCCAGUCCACCCGUCCAGUCACUCGCGAUACCCCGAUGUCACCUCUCGACAGGGAGCAGAUCAAUGGUUUGCGCGCAAUUCGAGCCUUCCUCAAAGUCCGCACGAGCUACGAUGUCCUCCCGCUCAGUUACCGGCUCAUCGUCUUCGAUACUUCGCUGCUGGUCAAGAAGAGCCUGAACAUCCUCACACAGUGUGGAAUCGUCUCUGCCCCGCUAUGGGAUUCCAAGACAUCCACGUUUGCUGGACUUCUGACUACCUCCGACUACAUCAAUGUGGUCCAAUACUACUGGCAGAACCCCGAUGCUCUCCAACAGGUCGAUAAGUUCCGCCUGGACAGCCUACGAGAGAUCGAGCGAGCCAUCGGAGUAACGCCAAUCGAGACCGUCUCCAUCCACCCACUCGAGCCACUAUACGAUGCCUGCCGCCGCAUGCUUGCCUCGCGUGCUCGUCGUAUUCCCCUGAUCGAUACUGAUGAUGAGACGCAGAGAGAAAUGGUAGUCAGCGUCAUCACGCAGUACCGUAUCCUAAAGUUCAUCUCAGUCAACGUCAAAGAGACACAGAAUUUGCGCAAGCAGUUGAAGGAUAUCAAAGUCGGCACAUACACCAACCUUGCCACUGCGACGAUGGAGACGCCGGUGAUGGAUUGCAUUCACUUGCUGGUUAAGCACAGCAUAUCGACUGUUCCCAUUCUGGACAAAGAUGGUACGGUUCUCAAUGUGUUCGAGGCCGUCGAUGUCAUAGCACUACUCAAGGGCGGCGACUAUGAGAACAAUCUGAAUUUGACUGUGGGCAAGGCAUUGGAGAAGCGGUCUGAUGAUUUCCCUGGCAUCUACACUUGCACGCUCAGUGAUCGCCUGGACACCAUCUUCGACACCAUCCGCAAGUCUCGCGUGCACAGACUGGUGAUCAUUGACGAGCAGAACCAGCUUAAGGGGCUGCUGUCACUCAGUGACAUUCUGGACUACACGCUCAACAGCCCGCUGGGUGAUACCGACGAGUAG